AUGGAGGAUGAUAAUAAGGCUUUGGAGGCUAUUCCUACUGUGGAUGAAGUGCAGCAAGUGGUGUUUGAGAUGGAUGGUGAAAGUUCGCCUAGACCUGGUGGAUUUACGAAUGGUUGUUUCAAAGGAAAUUUAGGACUUGCUGGUGGACGAGGGGUAUUAUGGGAUUCAGAUGGGAGUUUUUUGUUAGCAUUUUCAGCUUUUUUCGGGGAGAUGACAAGUUUGGAAGCAGAAGGUUUGACAGUUUUACAAGGAGUGAAGCUUUGUUUCCAGCGUGGUUUCUCUCAGGAUUUAGUCCAAUCGGAUUCAAAGGUGUUAAUAGCAAUUUUGCAGCAUCGAUCGAAGUGCCCAUGGAGUAUUCGUAGAGAGAUUUCACAAAUUUGGCACCUCCUUUCUGAUGCAUCUUGUUUUUCACAUUGUUUACGGGAAGCAAACAAGGUGGUGGACAUCUUAUCAAAUGUGGGGUGUUCAUAUGAUUAG